UCACUCUGCAGACCACAAACCACCGUCCACAUGGCUACCACCUUCUCCAGCGGCAGCUUUGUUUCCAGCAGGUCCUCAAUGGGCUCCUCACGAUUCUCCGGUUCAGGUGGAGGAGGUGGAGGUGGCCGCAUCAGCGCCAUGAGGGCUGGCAGCGUGUACGGGGGUGCAGGGGGUUCAGGGGUCCGGAUCUCCAGUGUCUCUCGUUCCAUGUCCGCAGCAGGGUCGGGAAGUGGAUUUGGAGGCGGGUUUGGUGCUUCAGGAGGUGCUGGUGGACGAUUCAGUGGGGGAUUUGGUGCUGCAGGAGGUGCUGGUGGAGGAUUCGGUGGGGGAUUCGGUGCUGCAGCAGGGGGAGGAUUCAGUGUCUCUGGAGGAGCAGAUGACAGCAUCAUUGGCAAUGAGAAGUUCACGCUGCAGAAUCUUAACGAUCGUCUGGCUACUUACCUAGAGAAGGUCCGCUCCCUUGAAAAGGCCAAUGCUGACUUUGAGUUGAAGAUACGCCAAUUCCUUGAUAGCAGAAUCUCUCCUUCUGGCAGUGCUCGUAACUACUCAGCCUUCGAUGCUACUACCAGUGACCUCCAGGCUAAAAUCUUAGGUGCCAUGCAGGUAAAGAACACAGUCCACCUCAGCAUUGACAAUGCUAGCUUGGCUGCAGAUGAUUUCAGAAUGAAAUAUGAGAAUGAGAUGGCAAUGCGUCAGUCUGUGGAGGCCGACAUCGCGGGGUUAAAGAGUGUUUUUAGCGAGCUCAACCUGAACAAUAAAGACCUCAAUCUGCAGAUCGAAGGGCUCAAAGAGGAGCUGGUCUACAUGAAGAAGAAUCACGAGGAGGACCUCUUGGCCUCACGUGAACAGAUGAGUGGACAGAUCAACGUGGAAGUCGAGGCCGCACCACAGGAAGACCUCACCAAAAUUCUAGCUGAGUUGCGUGAGCACUACGAGACCGUCGUAGCCAAGAGCCAGAAAGACCUUGAAGGCUGGUUCCAGCAGAAGUCUGAGACCGUGAAAGAAGAGGUUGUAACAAGCACAGAGACCUUGCAGACGUCGAAAACCGAGGUCAACACAGUGAAGAGCACAGUACAGGCACUGGAGAUUGAGCUUCAGUCCCUCCUUUCCAUGAAAUCAUCUAUGGAAAGCACCCUGAGUGAGACUGAGAAUCGCUAUUCCCUGCAGCUAUACGGAUACCAGGCACAGGUGGGUGGAAUGGAGGGCCAACUGGUGCAGCUCCGGACUGAUCUGGAGCGCCAGAGUCAAGAGUACCAGAUGCUCCUGGACAUCAAGGCCAGACUGGAGAUGGAGAUCGCAGAGUACAGGAGACUGCUGGAUGCAGAGGCCAGCGGCAGCCUCGCAAUCUCAGCCAACUCUGGCUCCAGCUCCUCCUCCAGCUCCAUCACUACCACCAGAACAGCAGUGAUCACUGUUGUGGAAGAGGUGGUUGAUGGUGGGACGGUGAUUUCUUCCUCUUCAACAACCCUUGUUAAGUAAAGCACACCAGAGUCAUGUCAGUUGGAGAAUGCACCUGUAGUUCCUAGCAAGCUG